AUGAGUCUGUCAAAUAGUAAUCCACCUCGAUCUCUCGCAAAACGCGUUCAAGAAAAAAACGAAGAACCGUGGGGAAUUUUGAUUUCGGAUGACAAACAAAAGUGUGGUGAUAUUAAUCUGUAUGGACUUAUAGCAGUUGUUGGACGAGAGACCCCACAGUUGGUUAAUGCUCAUAACACCAUUUCUGCGAUUCACCUUGCUAUAACUCCGGAAUUUACGCCCGAGUGUACAUACAAGAUUACUGAUUUUAGUACAAAUGGGACGUUUGUGAAUGGACGUACAGUUGGGUAUGGUCUAUCCAUUCGAUUAAUGUCGUACGAUGAAAUCAGCUUAGGAUUUAAAGGACUUGAAGGGACUUUGUCGUUCACAUUUGUUGGGUAUAACGACGAGAGGUAUCAAGCGCAUGAGUGGAUGUCACAAUUUACUGUUCAGAAAUGCAUAGGGAAUGGUUCUUUUGGGACUGUUCGCCGUGUCCGACACAACAAGAGUGGAGUGUAUGGUGCGAUGAAGUUGUAUUCAGUUUCUGAGUCUGCGAUUGGGUCUUCACGUGAAGAAGCCUUUGAUGCUGAAUUGAAGAUCUUGAACGAACUAGCCCAUCCGAAUAUUGUUUCAAUGUUGUCUUAUAAGAAGACCAAACUUACGACGUUUCUUGUUAUCGAGCUUGCGGAAGGUGGGUCUUUACAAGAUGAAAUAGACCGAUGUGGAGGACUAUCAUUGAAUCGUACACGUCUUAUAAUGUAUCAAAUAGUCCAAGGAGUGAGGUAUAUGCAUUCGAAAAAGGUAGUCCAUCGCGACUUGAAACCGGACAACAUCUUGUUAGCGCGCCAAAACUCCGAUUGGGUGAAGAUCACUGAUUUUGGGACGGGGAUCAUGGCAAAUCUUUUGAAUAAAACGAACACGUUUUGUGGGACCCCGGCGUACAUGUCACCGGAGAUCGUCAGAGUACAAACAGAAAACGACAAGACGUACGAUGCUAAGAAGAACGAUUGCUGGGCGAUUGGCAUUAUUCUGUAUCAGGUCUUCACAGGGAAACUGCCAUUUACGCCGACUGAUACGUCGGAUGAGGACUGCGGGAUGACUGAUCUGUUCCAAGCGAUGAAGGAAGGGAAUUUCUUCCCAUACGAAGAACAACACUUUAAAUCGAAGGAGGGGGCGAACGAUGUCAAAUACACUGUCCACUCCAUUCUACAGUACACAGAAGUGGAUCGCCCGGAGGCGUUUGAGAUCAUGGAAAUGCCAUUCUUUAAGAGCGUCAAUGUGUUGAUUGCAUCUCUGAAGGGACUUGCGGAGGACGAAAACACUGCGAGCGUGUAUGGCGGCAAAAAUGAGGUAACACGAAUGAAAGAAGCGGUCAAGAUUAUCGAAGAGACGAUUAAAGAGAGAGAACAGGAGCCCGAGAAAACAAAGAACAUGGAAAGCAAUCCAAGAGAGAUUAAACCCCCAACUGCUUAUGUCGAACUACUCGAAAGGAAUGCAAAUACAACAUCAGAAGACGAUACAGAAGAACUCGACAAAAAGAUCGAAGCUACGAAAGCGAAGGAAGUGGCGCCGAUGGAAAAGGUGGAAAAGAUAGAAGCGUAG